AAACCACCACCCCCGCCUCUCUCUCAAAAAAAAAAAAAAAAAAACAGACACUAUUCGAGGUGGUGGGGAUUGUUGUUUCGUUCGUGCCAAGUUCUAAACGAAGUCUCGUAGAUUCCGAAACAAGCUCAGACCUUUCACCUCGACCGGUUUGGUUUUUGGGUAUUCUGUGUUUGUGUAUGAGAAACUUUUUCUCCCCAGUCGGUCGACACCGUAACCAGAAAAAUUCCUUUCCCUGGAAGCGACGAGACGACGGACCAAGCCGGCCCCGAAAGCAUCGACUUCCACUAUUUUCCUUUUUAUAUUAGACUCAAAUUCUGCGAUUCUUCAGAUAAAUAUUAAGAUUUGGGUUGCUCAUAUGAGUCGAUUACAUCAUUGCAUGAUGCUUUGUGACUAGGUAAUGAAGGGUUUCUAUGAGAGAGCCGUUGCUUCGAAAUGUUCUUCUAAAAGUUUAAUUGAUACCUCAAGUAGAUGUCCACCAUCUGUUUCUUCAGACCCAGGAUCCAGUACUAGUAAGUUCCCCAAGGCCUCCUUAUGGUCAAGUAUCUUUGCAUCUGCGCUCUCGGUCUUUGAGACACGUAGUGAGCCAUCAGAUAGUGAAAAAAAGGCAGUUCAUAGUGAUUCACCGGCUUGUGAGAAGAAGGCAGUUCAUAUUAGACACAAUGGAUGGACAGCAGCUUUGAAAAAAGCUGUGGCUAUUGGCUCAAUGAGGAGACUUCAAGAGCGUGUAAUGGGGUCAAGCAGGACUGGUGUUUCUAGCUCAACUAGUGACAUAUGGCUAUUAGGUGUGUGCUAUAAAAUCUUGCAGGACGAGUCAUUUGGAGAUGCUGAUUCUAGCAAUGGAUUAGCAGCAUUUGAACGAGAUUUUUCAUCAAGAAUUUUGAUGACAUAUCGUAAAGGUUUUAAUGCUAUUGGAGAUUCAAAGUAUACAAGUGAUGUUGGCUGGGGUUGCAUGCUUCGCAGCAGUCAGAUGCUCGUUGCUCAGGUGUUGCUUUUUCAUCGUUUAGGGCGAUCUUGGAGGAAACCUAUGCAAAAGCCAUUGGACCGAGAAUAUAUUGAGAUUCUGCACUUUUUUGGGGAUUCUGUGGCAUCGCCUUUCUCUAUCCACAAUCUUCUUCAAGCUGGAAAUGCUUAUGACCUUGCUGCUGGGUCAUGGGUGGGCCCUUAUGCCAUGUGCCGCACAUGGGAAACUCUAGCCCGCUUUAUAAGAGAGGCAACUGACCUCAAGGACCAGCCACUUCCUAUGGCUGUUUAUGUUGUUUCUGGUGAUGAAGAUGGGGAGCGAGGUGGAUCUCCUGUUCUUGGCAUUGAAGAUGCCUCAAGACAUUGCUUGGAGUUUUCAAGAGGUCAAGUUAAUUGGACGCCCAUUCUUUUAUUGGUUCCUUUGGUUCUUGGACUUGACAAAGUCAAUCCCAGAUAUAUUCCAUCGUUGCAGGCAGCAUUUAUGUUCCCACAGAGCCUUGGUGUCAUAGGUGGGAAGCCUGGGGCUUCAACUUACAUUGUUGGUGUGCAAGAUGAAAAAGCUUUCUUCCUUGAUCCACAUGAUGUUCAGCCGGUGGUUAGUGUCAGUAGGGACAAUCAAGAGGCUGAUACUUCAUCUUACCACUGCAAUAUCAUUCGGCACAUACCAUUGGACUCAAUUGAUCCAUCCUUAGCAAUUGGAUUUUAUUGCCGAGACAAAGAUGAUUUUGAUGAUUUUUGUUGCCGGGCAUCCAAUCUUGCAAAUAAAUCAAAUGGUGCUCCAUUAUUUACUGUGGCUCAGAAGCAUAAUUUGUCAAAAACUAGUAGUCAUCCUGAAUCAUCGGUCGGUACUGAUGGGAUCCAAAAGGAAGAUUCCUUUGCUGUGAUGGCCAUGAGUGAUGCUGAGGGCCAUUCACAUGAGGAUGAGUGGCAACUCCUUUGAUUAAGGAUCACUUGGUGGGUUCUAAGGCCAGCAAGAAGGUUGGAAAUUUUGUACAUGAUUUGGGCUUCUGUUUGGUCUUGUGCCAAUUCCACAGGGUUCUCACUACCUCUGCAGUGGUUCUGUCUUACUCAAUCCAGUUUGAUAGAUCUGCAUUUGUAGUACGAACAUUGAAUUAUUAGAAUUCUUUUUCUAUGUAUUUUGUAAAUAACUUUCCAAGUGUCAAUAUGAUAAAUUGAUUAGAGAGAUUUAUUAU